UGUGCAGCAGUAAACGUAAUCCGUCCUGUCAGCGGAUGGAUGUUACACCCGGUAACACCGCCUGUGGUCCAUCGGAAAAUGAAGCGCUGGGCGGCUGGAUGAACAUCUACAAUAUAAAAUAAAAAAUCCUGGUGAUCAUGAGUGGGACCGUGAAAGGUAUUUCAGAGGACAUGGACCGACAAAUUGUACAGGCUGUAUUCGACGAGGACACGAUAUCCUCUACCUCGGUGGGAAUGUCCGAUUUGUCCGAUGAGAUCCUGCUGUGCAUCCUCCGCCAUGUUCCCGUGUGUGACCUGGUGCGGAACGUGGCAAACGUCUGCCACAAGUUACACACACUGUGCCACGACAAGACCCUGCUCACCAGCGUCAGCCUGUCGGAGGAGUAUCUGGCUGACGAUCUAUUGGUUCGGCACAUAUUAAAGCGGUUGGCCAAUCAUGUGCAGUCUCUCAGCCUGAAUGGUUGCUACUGGCUGGCCGGCUCUACAAUGGAGCUUCUUGCUCGCUGCAGAGGAGUGACGCACCUCGAUGUCACCGGCUGUCGCCUCACUUCCCUGCGUCUCUCCCGUCUCCUCUCCUCCCUCUCUCUGCUCAGAUCACUCGCUUUUGAUGUGACGCCGGGCUUCAACUCUGCUCAGCUCAGUUCAGAGGCGGUGGAUUCACUGAGCCGCCUGUCGGAGCUCAGGCAGACACUGUUGACGCCGAGUUAUGGUGUGGUGCCAUGUUGCGCCCAACUCCGCAAGCUGAUGCUGCAGUUUGACAUCUCAGAUGUGACCAGAGAGGGUAUCGGUGUUUGCUGUCAGUUAAUGAUGGGUCAGAGCAGUGUGCCGCAUUACCAACAGCUGGAGGAGUUCACUGCCAGGCUGGCUCCGGGAGAGGUAAACCAGACCUUGCUCCUCCUCUACCUGGCAGUGUUCAGCGUUCAUGUGCCAAAGCGUCUCAGAGUUUUCCUGGUAUCGAUUCCUGGCCCAAACCCCGCUCACUGGCCCGCUGCUCCCUCACUGGCCCAGAGCCUGGGUCAACGUGGGGACCUGGAGGCCCUGCAGCUGCCUCGGUCCUGGCUCGAUUCCUUGUCCCUAAAGCGAGCCCUGGAGGGAAACAGUCCGAAGCACCUGAGCUUCAGCCGCUGCCCAGCGCUGUGGCCGCAGGUGUUCCAGUCGUUGCUGGAGGGAGGAGUCAGAGACACCACACAGCUGACUAGCCUGAACCUCAGCGGGAUCAACAAGGUCCUGUACUCAGAGUGCAGGAGUGUGGAGGAUCAGCUGAUUCCUGCGACAAUGAGCCGGUUGGCAGUUGGCUGUUCCAACAUUAAACAACUGAACCUCAUGCACACGCACUAUCAUCAUGAAAGCUCACCUGGGCUAGGUGGAGAAACACACCUGUGUGCCAGCUUGGCCAAACUCGCACACUUGCGCUCCCUCACUCUGCCUGCCUGCGCUCUGUCAGACGGCUUAAACACACAUCAAAUCACCACAGACAACACGUCUCCCUCUCCGUUGUUCCUGGGGCUAAAGAAGACUCCACGUCUGGGGAUCCAGAAUUACAAGCCCGAUUCAGAGUCUUCUCUGUCGGGGGACAGCACUUCAGGGCUCGCUCUGCUCUUAGCUGGCUGCCCUUUUUUAGAGACCUUAGAGCUCAUUGGUCCAGGUUUUGUCUCCGCACUGCCUCGGCUUGAGCCUUGCACUCGCGCCAGUGUGGAGCCCCGCGGUAUGUGUGCGUGGGCACGAGGAGUUGGCGACGCACACUUGGCGGCACUUGAGGCUUUGCCUCGAUUACAUCUUCUGACUCUGGCUGGGCUCCCUGGGGUCCUCAGGGGGACAGGGCUGGUACAGCUGACCAGGCAGUGCAGAGACCUACAGGUAUUGUCCCUUGCCAACAUGGGAUCACUAAAAACCAUGAACUACACCCCUGCCUUGCUGGACACACUUAAACAGUGCACGCAGCUACGGGAACUCAGGUUAGAGCAGCCCUACCUGAAUGCCAGCGCGUCAUUCUUUGAGGCUCUGUCCUGCUGCUCCCGUCUGCAGCGUCUCUGCCUUAUCUCACGCAGCGGUACCUUUGACCCGUCGGCCGCAGAAACCUUCAUGGAGCGAUGCUGCCACGUCAUCAUGUGCCACAUGUUCAUGGGUGGCACCUUAGUGGCUUGUCGCACACUGCAGAAAGUUCUGCUGGACAGAUUUUCAAUCGAUCGCUCGGCUCUGAGCGUGGUCAUCUAUCCACUACACCAUGAAGACCUGCCCUCAGUCAUCAGAGACAUCCCACUAACACUGCUGGACAGGAUUACUUUGUUCCAGAGCCACGUGGCCCAACCACCACAUCUAUCGCCAUUGUGACGUCACCAGAAAGCUUCAGUGUGAUUGGUGCUCAACAGCUGCUCAACAGCUGCUCAGACCGAUUUUGUUCUGCAGGAAAUAAAAUUCACUUAUUGAAAGACUGAUUGUCCUCUGCACAGUGAUUUCACCAACAACGGUUUCAGGCUGCUCUACAACCAUCAUCAUCAUCAUCAUCAUCAUCAAUGAUUGUUUUCAUUUACAUGACAAAGUAAUGAUGGUCUUCAAAUGGUAAUCUGUUGGUAGGGAGUUUAUUGUUUCAGGACUUUUCACAUUUGUUGCCGUUGGGGGGCCUCAAGUUAGGCCUCUGUCAUAAAUAAUGUCCAUUACUACACCGGUCUGUUACUUUGAAAAUAAGUGCCAAAAAUAUAAAUGAAGGGAUGUAUUUGUUCAGAUCAUUUGUACAGAAGAUCUGAAUCAAAUGAUGUUGUAAUAAACUCCAUUGAAAUAAUUCGUAAGUGUUGUCCGUGUACCAUUUGCCUGUUUAUGUAAUUCUUUUUAAUUAUCACAACAUAUCUGCUGUUGUUGGUGGUGUUACCCAAAGCUACAUUGGCACUGACAUUGGAGCCCUGCUGCUAGCAUAGCACUGGAAAUGUAAAAUGAAAGUCAUUCUUUAAACAUGCAUUAUUAUUGUGAUUUGUUUAAAUCAACCCAGCAUUAACACAGUCACCAGUGGACCC